AUGCUGAGCAGGACGCUGCUGUGCGCGUUGCUGGGGCUCCUGCGCGCGCAGCCCUUCCCCUGCCCGCCAGCUUGCAAAUGUGUCUUCCGGGACGCCGCGCAAUGCUCCGGGGGCGAUGUGGCGCGCAUCUCGGCGCUGGGCCUGCCCACCAACCUCACUCACAUCUUGCUUUUUCGCAUGGGCCGCGGCGCCCUGCGGAAUCACAGCUUCAGCGGCAUGACCGUCCUGCAGCGCCUGAUAAUCUCCGACAACCACAUUACCGCCAUUGCCCCCGGCACCUUCAAUGACCUGAUAAAACUAAAAACCCUCAGGUUGUCGCGCAACAAAAUCACUCAUCUUCCAAGUUCGCUACUGGAUAAGUUGGUGCUCCUGGAGCAGUUGUUUUUGGAUCACAACGCACUAAAGGGCAUUGACCAAAAUAUGUUUCAGAAACUGGUUAACCUGCAGGAGCUCUUUUUGAACGAAAAUCAACUAGAUUUCCUUCCUGCUCGUCUCUUCACAAAUCUGGAAAACCUGAAAUUAUUGGAUUUAUCGGGAAACAACUUGACCCACCUGCCCAAGGGCUUGCUUGGGGCACAGGCUAAACUUGAGAAACUUCUGGUUCACUCGAACCAGCUGGUUUCCCUGGAUGCGGAGCUGUUGAGCAGCCUGGGCGCUCUGAUUGAGCUCCAGUUCCACCGAAAUCACAUCCGAUCCAUCGCGCCCGGCGCAGUCGACCAGCUACGAGACCUGAGUUCUUUGACACUUUCGAAUAACCACCUCGAGUUUCUGCCCUCAGGGCUCUUUCUUCGCUCGCACAAACUGACCGUGUUGACUCUGUUCGAGAACCCGCUGGAAGAGCUCCCGAGGGUGCUCUUCGGGGAGAUGGCAGGCCUGCACGAGCUGUGGCUCAACGGCACCCGGCUGCGCACCCUGCCCGCCGCGGUCUUUCGCAAUCUGAGCCGCCUGCGGACGCUGGGGGUGACUGCCAGCCCGCGUCUCAGCGCACUCCCUCCGGACGUCUUCCGGGGCCUAGCGGAGCUCCGGGUGCUCGCCCUGCACUCCAACGGCCUGACCGCCCUCCCCGACGGCUUGCUGCGCGGCCUCGGCCGGCUGCGCCAGGUGUCGCUGCGCCACAACCGGCUGCGGGCCCUGCCGCGCGCGCUCUUCGCCAACCUCAGCAGCCUGGAGAAGGUCCAGCUCGACCACAACCAGCUGGAGACCCUGCCUGGCGACGUAUUUGGGGGUCUGCCCCGGCUGACGGAGGUCCUGCUGGGACACAAUCCCUGGAGCUGCGACUGUGGCCUGCGGCCAUUCCUGGGGUGGCUGCGGCAGCGCCUAGACCUCGUGGGCCGAACGGAGCCCCCGCUGUGCGGCGGUCCCGGACCGCGCGCCGGCCUGCGGCUCUGGGCCCUGCCGGGAGCCGACCCCGAGUGCUUGGGCACUCGGGGCCCGUCUCUGCACCCUCGCGCGCACAGCUCCUCGGAAGCCCCCGUCCAUACUACCUCAGUGCCUAACAGCCCAGAACCCUGGGCAUGGACACAGCUGGUGGCCACGGGCAAUAGUCAAGACCGUACCCUGUUCUGGGCUCUUUAUUUUCUGCUUUUAGUCGCUCAGGCCAUCAUAACUGGGAUCAUUGUGUUUGCUAUGUUUAAAAUCGGCCGGCUCUUUCGAAAAUUAAUUAGAGAGCUCUUGUUUGAGUCAAUGUGAAAACCUUGUAAUUAAUUAAAACGUGGCCAGAGUAUCGUCAGAGGCGGUUCCGAGGAGGAUCUUCCUCUUCCCCACUCUUCCCUUCUUCACAUUGCCACCUCUUCCUCUCCUCCCCUGCCCUCCGCCCUUUACACUUGUACGUUGUGAUUGCCGCCAUGUCUGUGUGCCCCCUAUUGUACACUCCUGGGGGACCUCAGAUUGUGGUUGGCUCAUCCUUGCUCCACUGUGCCUGGCGUGGUGUCUGGUGGGGCCGGGGGCUCUUCAGUGCUGAGUAAAACUCCAGCCAGCUUAAGUGUCCUGCCAAAAACUUGUGAAACGAAUGAAUGGAUAAAUUUGGACACAGGUGAUCCAAGUGAUGGGUUUGCCUGGGGGGUGAGCGUUGAUUGUUCUCUGUAUCUACUUUUCGGAUAAAAAUAGAACACUUCCGGUUGUUCACCUUGCCUUGUUUCCCCUCUUGCUGUAUAUCUGACUUGUGGGCUACUUGGGAGCACACCGGACCCCAUUCAGGAGUAUUUCCAAGGUGGUCCUCCUCUGUGAUAGACGGAGAGAUGCAAAGAACCCUGAGCCUUCCCUCUGGAGCUCAGCUGUGCCCACAAGUUCCAGGAGCCUCUUGUGAAUUUCCAUGUGAUUUACAUCAGUAAAACAUGUCAUUUGGAAACUGGGUUGCUUUUCAUUCCCUGAAACUAAAUGCCACCUCAUUUUUGCAAGCAUUUACAGAGCACCUAACCUGUGACAGGUGUUCAUGAAUGUAAUGACAAGCUCAGUUCUAGUUUGGCUCCUAUCACGUGCUCAUUUACCCUUCCAGUUGAAAGCAGGAAAAACCUUUGUUGCUGUAACUGUAUGCUGUGCUUGUGAGAGGCAGUGUCUAACAUGUGAGGGGAGAGUUGACAACUGUGAGUUCAAGCUGAACUCCACCACUUACUCUGUACAGGACUUUGGGCAAGACACCUGCAUACAUUCUCUAUGCCUUGGUUUCCUCACCCUGAAAAGGUAUAAAAUAGUACCUGUGUCAUAGAGUUG